UCAAAUAGAGAGUCUACCUUGUAGAUAUCUCUUAAUAUAAAUUCUAUUUUAAUAUUCGACGAAAGUAUCGUAAUCGUAAAUCGAUAUUCGUCUCACGUUAUUCACAAUGUCAUCGUUUCCUCCCGUUAUCUUCCUCGUCCUAGUCUUUGUCCCCUCCAUAUUAUCAGCACCGGUGACAAGUUUAACCAAAGCCUAUUACCAAGAAACGUGUCCUGAUUUCAGUAAAAUUGUUCGUGAAACCGUUACGACCACGCAAGGCCCGCAGGGGAGAACAGCUGCUGGAAUACUCCGUCUCUUUUUCCACGAUUGUUUCUUAGAAGGAUGUGACGCGUCCGUACUAAUCGCUAAAAAUGCUUUAAACAAAUCUGAACGCGAUGAUGAACUCAACCAUUCUCUUACGGAAGAGACGUUUGAUAUCGUGACUCGCAUCAAAGCAGCUCUUGAAGAGUCUUGUCCCGGUGUUGUGUCUUGCGCAGACAUCUUGGCUCAGUCCACGCAUGACGUUGUCACAAUGAUUGGUGGGCCUUCCUACGAAGUCAAGUUAGGUCGUAAAGAUGGGUUUGAGUCGAAAGCUUAUAAAGUUGGAGAAAACUUACCAUUACCAAACCACACGGUCCACGACAUGAUGUCGUUAUUUCAAAAGAAGGGUUUCACUCUAAAGGAGAUGGUUGCACUAAGCGGCGCACACACUAUCGGAAUUUCUCAUUGCAAAGAUUUCAUCAGCCGGGUCAUUGGGCCACAGCCUGAUCCAGAUAUCGAAGCACGAUAUGCUGAAGUUCUUAAAACUCUAUGCAAGGAUUACACAGUGAAUGAAACGAGGGGCUCUUUUCUUGAUCCGGUGACGCCAGACAAAUUCGAUAAUAUGUAUUACAAGAACUUGGAAAAAGGGAUGGGACUGUUAGCUUCCGACCACAUCUUGUUUAAAGAUAAUAGUACGAGACCGUUCGUGGAGUUGUAUGCGAAUGACCAGACGGUUUUUUUCGAGGAUUUUGCACGUGCCAUGGAGAAACUAGGCAUGGUCGGUGUUAAAGGCGACAAAGAUGGAGAGGUGAGACGCAGAUGUGAUAACUUAAACAAACCUAACGGUUCAGUGGCGGAGCCAGACAAAAGUUUUACCGGGGACAAUAUAAGUUUUGAACUUAAUUUAUAAGGGGCAAUAGUAGAAAUUUUACCAUCUAAACCAUAUAAAUUUUGAAUAAUCAAUGAAAAUGCACAAAGAAUCAAUAUUUUAUAAGGGGAAACUGCCCCCCCUUCCUCUCUACCUCCCUCCCUCUGCCACUGACCUAACGUAUAACUAACGUUAAGAGUAAAAUUGAGUUCAGUUUUUGUUUUGUUUUGAAUAAUGUAUAUAUAAGUUAACGUAACAGUUCCCAUAGUGUAAUGAUAUAUAUGUUUUGUUUUGGACUAUGAAUUUUUGUAUGUUAAUUGAAAUUUCUUAGUUAUUACUUUGCGGAGGAAUAUAAAAAUUCAA